AUGGAAAAGAGUUACACCAUCUCCAAAAUGGUGCAGUACGAGCACACGUGGAUCAUCGAGCCCAGUUUGCUGGAGCCACACUGUCCCCGGUGUGAAGUUGUGACCGGUCCUGCAAAGUGGGAGAUUAACGGUUGUUUGGGUGAAAGUCAGGGAACACCCGGUUGUACCAGCUGCAGUGGCCCCUAUGUGCAGCUGGUGACUAACCAAGCCCAGGCUGCCAUGAUAGGGAUCCGUGAAGAAGGAUUCGAUCGGAAGAUCUACCUUCCGUGCGAUCAGUACUCUCUACAGUCGGAUCAAAAGUUACCCUUAAUAGUGAUGGAUGCGUCGAGUGUUAGCUGCACAGGUCGGAAAAAACGACGAAAAAUAGUGAGCACAUUUUCUAUGUACGUUAACAUUUCCGUGGACCCGAAGGAGGUCAAAAGUUAA